UUGAAUGGUCUUAACUAUUUGCAUGGGCUUGGUAUUGUGCAUUGCGACGUGAAGCCACACAACAUGCUUUUGGGGAUGGAUGGUGUGUGCAAGCUUUCCGACUUUGGUUCCACCAUCUCCGAGGCAACUGACAUGGCACGGACGAUGGUGGACGAGGUGAUGCUGCGUGGCACGGCUCUCUACAUGGCUCCUGAGGUGGCGAGUGGGGGUCGUUGCACGCCUCAGUCAGACAUUUUUUCGCUGGGGAUUUCACUGCUAGAGAUGCUGCUUGGGCGUCUUCCGUGGAGGUGGAGCCGCACUGCGCCGGGGGGGAGCGAUGCGGCGUCACUGCAGGCUCUGUUUAACCGUGACCUCAUCUUUGUGCAGAGUCUUGCCCGUGGAUACCUGGAGCCCGAGAUUCCAGAUUUCCUCGACUUUGAGGUGGCUCAUUUUGUUCGUUCCUGCUGCCACCCCAACCCUGCCAUGCGACCGUCUGCUUUUGGCCUUCUUUCAUAUGCUUUUACUUUGUGA